UUAGAUGGCAAAGCUCGUAAGAAGAAACUGCUGAGCAGAGAUUCUGGGGUUUAUUUCGAUAAACCUUGGUUGGAGACAAUUUGUUGCUCACCUCGUUUUCUCGAUUUCGGUGCCUCUCUUCUCGAGCUAGUGGCUGACGCAUGUGUCUUCCCGGGCGAGGCGUGGAGAGGGCGAUGAUCCCGCUGCCUGGAAUUUGAAAGGGGAUCAGGGGAACUUCCGCUCAGGAAGGAAAGAGGAGGGGAAGGGGAAGACGAAGAACGGGAAUGUGGGUCUCACAGGAAUAUGCAGAUCUUUGUGAAGACUCUCACCGGGAAAACCAUCACCCUUGAGGUUGAGUCCUCAGAUACUAUUGAUAAUGUCAAGGCCAAAAUCCAGGACAAGGAGGGCAUUCCACCGGAUGAGCAGCGCUUGAUCUUUGCCGGGAAACAGCUUGAGGAUGGCCGCCUCCUCUCAGAUUAUAAUAUCCAGAAGGAGUCUACCCUGCACCUCGUGCUCCGCCUCCGUGGUGGCCAGCGUGUCGAUGUCAACAGGGUGAAUGAAGCCCCUAAUAUUGGUGCGCAGGAACUUGACCCGUCAGCACUAGGGACCAUGCUGUUUAGUGCCACCAUGUUGAUUGUGGCUAGUCAGGAAAACAUGCCAUGGUCUCUGUUGCUUCUCACGUUGGUGACCUGGUUCGUUGGCUGCCUCAGGCUCUACGGUUUCAAAAUAAGUUUUCCAGUAUAUUAUCAUCGACGCAGAGGCAACCACAGCACACGUGCAGAAGCACCAGUGAACACAAGCCGUGAUGGAAUGGUGAAUGAUGUGGAGAUGGAGAACGGCAUUCCGGAUGAGGGAAGUCUGGCCCGGAGCGGCUACAUCCUGAUGACAGUGUCGGUGUUGGCCACGUGGUCUGGCUUCGUCGAUGAACCAGUGCGGGUCUUCCUGGCUUUCCUGCUUCUGCUGCUUGGGUGCGGCUUUCUUUACGGCGCCAUGCUCGCACCGUCCAAGCCCAAGACGACUUGAUCGAUCCCAAGCAAUUCCUUCACGAGAUGAUUACAACAAUUUUGGGUAUUGUUAGUCUCUCAUACUUGUCAUUUAAACGUAUUGUGUGUCUUAAACAUCUGUAUGUAGCUACUCCGAUGUUUUACUAUUAGCUAAACUUCUUGUCUAUGUAUCAAAUUUAGAAAAAGAAGUGUGUGUGUGUAUAGUGUGUGCCAGGCCCAGGUGAUUCAUAGAACAUAAAUCACGUUUGUAUAUUUAUGCCUCGUGCGCAUAUAACCUGUCUAAAAUGCACUGUUAUGUUCAUAUAUCCCUCCUGAUAUUUCACAUAUUACUGCAUG